AUGAUCAUUAACUACCUUUGCCGCUUAAAAUCGAACUUGAAGGCCCUGCAAUUGGGUUCCUUUCGUUCACGUAUUUCAACCAUAAAUACUGUUUCCAUAUCAAAGGAAGAAACUGUCAUAUCCUUUUUGAAGAACUGCUCUUGUAUGAAAGAUUUGAAGCAAAUUCAUGCCCGUGUAAUCCAACUUGGCUUUGAGCAGAACCGUUUUGUUGUAGGCAAGGUCAUUGUGUUUUGUGCUGCUGCAGAGCAUGGAGAUAUGAACUAUGCUGUUUCAGUUUUUGAAAAGAUUGGUGACCCGGAUGCUUUUAUUUUUAAUACGAUGAUUAGGGGUUUUGGCAAGGCUAAUGACCCUCGAAAAGCUUUUGAUUACUAUAAAAGGAUGCAAGAGAGAGGUUUAGUGUCAGACAGCUUCACUUUCUCAUUCUUGCUUAAGGUUUGUGGCCAGUUAGGGUUGGUUUUGUUGGGGAGACUAAUGCAUUGCAGUACAUUGAAACGUGGGCUUAAUUCACAUGUCUUUGUUAGGAACACUCUUGUUCAUAUGUAUGGCACGUUUAAGGAUAUAGAAGCAUCCCGCCAACUGUUUGAAGAAAUUCCCAACCCAGAAUUAGUGGCAUGGAAUAUUAUAAUUGAUUGCCAUGUCUCUUGUGGUAAGUUCAAUGAAGCACUUGAAAUGUUCUCAAGGAUGUUGAAAUUCGGCAUAGAGCCUGACGAGGCCACAUUCGUUGUGAUCCUCUCCGCAUGUUCUGCAUUGGGUGCGUUAGAUUUUGGGAGAUGGGUUCAUUCUUGUAUUAGCAAUAUUGGUCAUGGGUGUAUUACAGAGGUUAAUAAUUCACUCCUUGAUAUGUAUGCGAAGUGUGGAGCACUUCAAGAAGCGUUUGAGAUAUUCAAUGGGAUGAACAAGAAGAAUACAGUAACAUGGAAUACGAUGAUUUUGGGACUAGCAAGUCAUGGCUAUGCAAAUGAGGCAUUGGCUCUCUUUUCCAAUAUGCUAGAACAAAAGCUCUGGGCACCAGAUGAUAUUACUUUCUUGGUGGUUUUGUCUGCUUGCAGCCAUGGAGGGAUGGUUGAUAAAGGAUGGAGAUUUUUUGAUAUUAUGAAGAAAGAGUACCAUAUCCAACCAACAAUAAAGCACUAUGGGUGCAUGGUGGAUAUUUUGGGUCGAGCUGGUUUCGUUGAGGAGGCUUAUCGAUUAAUAAGUAAUAUGCCAAUGCAGUGCAAUGCCAUUGUGUGGAGAACAUUGUUGGCUGCUUGUAGGUUGCACGGAAAUGUUGAACUUGGGAAGCAGGUUAGGAAACAGCUUUUGGAAUUGGAACCAGAUCACAGCAGUGACUAUGUUCUUCUUGCAAACACGUAUGCAAGUGCAGGACGGUGGAAUGAAGCUAUGAGAGUGAGAAAAACAAUGCACAAGAGGGGAGUUCAGAAACCUGAACCUGGUAAUAGCGUUGUGGGCAGGCAUCCCAGUUUGAGAUACUAUUCAGCUAAUUGCACUGUUGAUGCUCUUGCUAAAUAG